AUGAAGCUCGCAACUGCUCUCCCUCUCACCCUCCUCUCCGCGAUCACGCUCCUCCCAUCCACCUCAGCAUGGAAAUUUACCUGGCGCGACGACGAGGGGAACGAGUCUACUGAGUCCGGAAAGGGCCCGCACGCAUGCACAAAGAUCCAACAUGCCGAGGGAGAGGAAUUCGCUUGGAAUAACCAAGGGAACAAGAAUAUCGGCAUCUAUUUAUACACCUCGUCGGAUUGUUCGGGGAGUCUUGCCGGUUGGUCAUCCAAUAUCUGGGAGAAGGAAUCUUCGAGAGACCUUCUUAGUUUCAAGGUCGCGAAUGAGGGCGCAACAACAACGGCCGAUGCUACGGCUACGGAAUCUCAUACUAGUUCUGCCGAUGCUACGAAAACAGCUACGGCUACGGCUACGGCUACGAAUUUGACAAGCGGCGGGGCUUCCAAUUCGACUGUGUCUGGGUCCUCGAGUGCGGUCGGAUCCAAGACCAAGACGAAGACUGACACGAGCGCGACGGCUUCGAGCUCCCCUGCGUCGAGCAAAACAGCCUCGGGCUCUACUGCGGAAAGCUCGGGAUCGAGUGCAACUGCGACAGGGGAGUCAGGAUCGAGUACCCCGUCUUCUACCGCCUCUGCGACUGAUGGGGCUUCGACGGACGAGUCUUCUGCGUCUUCGCUUUCGAAGCAUAAUGCUGCGAUAGCUGUUACCGGGCUAGUCUUGGGUAUCGCGACAUAUGAAUGGGUGAUUUAG